GGGCCUGUUGCACAAAAGUAGAAUUAAGACAUCCGGGAUAAAUGACUCAGCUGAGCUCAAUGAAGCCAAAACAUGUGCGUCCAGGCUUAAUUGGUUGCACAAAGACCAAGCCAGGAUGAGCAGACACGGAUUCAUUAAGCCAGGUGAAACCAAUCCUGGAUAGGUGCGCGCUCACGGCUCACUCAAAUAGACCCCGCCACAGAUCACAGAUUAACUGAUUUACCAUGGCAACUAGAGCCGCGUACUUUUCCCCGUCGGAAGCACAAAUCCUCAUGGAGGCAUACGAGGAGGUAAAAGAUAUAAUUAAGAAGAAAGGCAACACCGCCACAGUGAUAAAGCAAAGAGAAAAAGCGUGGCAAAGUAUUGCAGACCGCCUGAAUGCAUUAAACAUGAACGGGCCAAAACGGACAUGGCAGCAGGUCAAAAUCAAAUACAAGAACAUUCUGCAGAAUGCAGUGAAAAAGAAUACCCACAGACAAGGCACGGGUGGUGGGUCACCAAAGGCUGACCUUACCCCAGCAGAGGACAUGGCCUUGGAGCUAAAUAAAGGCAGGCCCGUCUUAGAGGGGAUCCCUGGGGGGAAAGAGACGAGCAUAGGUUCCUCCCAAGAUGCCACCCGCUUCAUUCAAGUGCCUGGCAGCACUGUGUUCCUGUUAGAGCCACCAGCACAAGCACCAGACGAUGCUGAUCCAGUGAGUACUCCAUCAAAGGCAUACUGUAGGCCUGGCAUGUCUUGUCUACUAGCUUCAAUAUGAAUCCGAUUAAAUGUGAUCGGGUGAAGGCCCCAGUGCAGCAGCAACAGCACAUGAUGGAGACGAUGAUGAGGAGGAGACCAUCUCUCUGGAUUCCAGAAGGCAUGAGGACCCAGAUGCUAUACAGUGGGAAAACCAGCCUGGCAACAUAGUGCGUAUUAAUAAAAGGACACCACAUCCUGCCAAAUUCCAGCUGCGCUAAUUGUAUUGUGUUCACAGAGCUCACAAGCUAUCAGAAAGUUGUAUGGCAACCACCUCCGGCGCCAAAUAGAACUGGCAGACAUAGACAUUCAGUACAAGAAGAAAAAGAUGGAAAAUCUUGCACUGGAGUCCGAAAUAAAAAAAAGAGGACAAUUAUGAAACUGGACCUUGAAAUAAAAAAACUUGAGAGGGAGCUCCAAGAAGAUGACACAGCUCAAAAUAAAAAUUAGGUAUAUUCUCGUAAAGUCAAGUGAGCCAUGACAUAUGAGCUCUUAUUGUGAGCACACAGGACGGUGGCAUCUUUCUAAGGUUUUUUUUAUUUUCCCAGCAAUCAGUACAACCAAGUCAUCGUUAUAAGGCAUCGCCCUCUUUUGCCCACCCCCCCAGCACCAGGUGUGGCCACUAGCCUAUAUGAAGGCCCAAAAUUGUGUGUUCCUUUCUGCUCUGACAAUGGCAUGCCCAUUCGUGCGAGAUGUGGUGGAUGAAGAAGCACUUGUGCUGAGGAGAGCCUUCAGGCGAGAAAGGGUCUUCAGGGACCGGUUGGACCCACUGGCCUUCCCUGAUGACCAUCUGUAUGAAAGAUACAGGUUUUCUGCAGAUGGCAUCAGGUAUCUAUGCAGACUACUGGGUCCCAGGAUUAAGCACCGCACUGCACGGAGCCAUGCACUGAGUGUGGAGCAAAUGGUUUGUGUGGCCUUGCGCUUUUUGCUAGUGGAGCCUUCCUGUACUCAGUGGGGAUGCAGAACAGCUGAACAAGGCCACAAUUUGCCGCACAAUAAGGAGUGUGUGUCUGGCUAUCAAAGCAUUAGCAGAUGUCUUCAUCUCCUUCCCUGGCCACAGAAGACUCUGUGACAUCAAAGAGGAGUUCUAUAGGAUUGCAGGUUUCCCCAAUGUCAUUGGUGCAGUGGACUGCACACACAAGGAUAAAAGCCCC